AUUUACUGUGAACACCCACUUAACUUCGGUGAUCUUGAAAAGGAAGGACCUCUCUGCAGGGAAAAGCUACACUGCCUGGGUGGAGGCCAAUAAUGCACGGUUAUCAUCUUCCGAAUUCACCAUUGAAGAUAUAGAGGAAAUGUUUGAGCGCACAGUGCCUCUUGGUGCAAGAUGCAGUGAAAAAUCAGCAGCUUUCUGUCCAGCGACUUCUGCAGUAAAGCCACAAUUCCCUUGUGCGUUCCCGUCAUAUUCGGUGCCCCCAUCAGUAGCUACUGACACCAGGUGGGUAGUCUUUAUUCCUUUGGCUCUUAAACAAUUCAAGACAGCCUCACAGAUGUCCUCCCCCCGUGUUUGGUCUUUUAGAGGUAUCAACUCAAUCAGUUCUUCCUGUGGCCCGGCAGAACAACGCUAUUUGUUCAAUAUCACCUUUGUCUUUAGACUCGUCACAGGCAAUCGAGUAGGCAGGCCACAGCUGAAUUGAUGUCUUUAAUUUGCUGUCUUGUGAUGUCUUCUGCCAUUUUUAUGGUUCUGUCUUUGACAGUCUUUGCAGAGAGGGGCAUAUCCCUGAUUUUCUGCACAAUUUCACUCUUGUUUUUAAAGUCCGUGAAUAGAUGUUCUGAAAUCUUAAUGAAAGAUUUUUUUAUAUACUCACCAUCUGUAAACUGCUUCCCAUGCCUGACUAUUUCCUGAGCGGCAAUAUAACUAGCGUAUGUCGUUGGUUUUCCGGACUUCAUCCAUUGCUUGAAAUGAUUUUUGCUCAGAUCAACCUUCCGCAUCAGUUCCGAAACGGCUUUUUUUCUCUCAUCUCCAUCCGGAUAUUUUUGAGACAAAGGCUGCGUGUUUAUUCUAGAAAUGCUUUGCAACAUUUGACUUUUUGUUGUUUGCUAGUUUCUCAUUGCAUAUUAAGCAUACCGGUAAACCAGUCUCGUCAACAGUGAAAGCAAAUGAAUCUGUCCACGUAUCAUUAAACGUUCUGUUUUCUUCAGUCACUUUUCUUUUUUUAGAAUUCUCCAUAGUUGGCCUACCUUGGAUCGAAAAAUUAAAGAAAUCACGCACUGACAGGUGUCAGGUAUUGGCAGUGGUGACGUAUAUUAAUAGCGAUAAAAACACGUUGUAGCGGUGUGCUCACACAGUCAGUAAACUGCAGUCGAAUAACUUUAUUCGAACUAAACAGCCUUGCUUUUAAGCCUCCCUCAACCUGGCCCCCAUGGGCGCGGAUGCUGCAAAAGACCAAUUAUUUCCCAAAGCAACAGGGAGCCGCAGCACAGAGGUAAAAGAGGCGCAUGUGGCUCCGGAGCCGCGGGUUGCCGACCCCCGCCCUAGUACAACAAGAUGAACUGUUUACCUCACAAUAUUAUGGUUUUUCACCUUAUUGUUUACCUGCACCCUUCUUAUUCUCUUAACUGUGACACUUUAUCCUGCAUUUUUGUUAUUGUGUUCCCUUGUACUACCUCAAUGCACUGUUGUAAUGAAAUGAUCUGUAUCGAUGGCAUGCAAAACAAAGUUUUUCACUGUACCUCAGUACAUGUGACAAUAAUAAACCAAGUUAACUGAGCUACAAGAACAUACUCUUAUGUCCAAAGACACUGACUUACAGUUACAGUGGUUACAGUUCCACAGUCACAAUUCUCACUGAGCUGCAGUCCCACAGACACUGAUACUUAUCGAGAUAAAGAUCCACAGGAAAUGACGCCUAUUGCAAGUUGCACAGAUAUUAAUUGUACACACCGCCAUGCACACAUCACUGCACAGCAUUGUUUAUUGGGCUGGAAUUCUAACGAGUCCUUUUUUUCAUUCUGCCUGUAGAUAGCAGCAUCUAUUGCAGAAUACCCUCAGAAGUUACUGUAAGUCAGUAAGUGAUUCUUUCAAGGGUUGUUUAAACUACUGAAUGCUGUGCUUUGUUCUUGCUUUAGUGAAGCCCUAUCCUCCAGCUAAUGUGUCUGCCAUACCUGCACUGGAUGAUCCAACAAUAAUUAUGAUAGAGUGGACAAAACCCACCAACCUCGACCUGUUUCCAGGUUCUAAUUUCCAGUUUGAGCUGCAGUACAGAUUGGCAGACCAGAAAAAUUGGACUGAGGUUUCACAUGAUGAAAUUGAAGUCCAAGCAAUAAGUUACUGUCUGGAAGAACUACAACCAUUUACAGAGUAUGAAUUCCGUAUCCGAUGUGGACGAGAUGGAGAGACAAACAAAAAAUUGUGGAGUGAUUGGAGUUCAGUGAUCAAAGCCAUGACCCUAGAGGCCAAUCCUGACGGUGUUCUCGAUGUGUGGUUUAUGCAAAGAAGACUAGGUUCCAUUACUCUACUGUGGAAGCCUCUUGAACAACAUCAAGCGAGAGGAAUAAUUCGCCAGUACUCUGUGAGUGAAGGGGAUGGAAAAGAAAUGAGCAAGGUGACCAACAUUACCAGCUGUAACAUCAGUCUGUCUGAGAACACUCGGCAUGUGAAUGUCACUGCUUACAACUCUGUUGGAGCUACUGAGCCGGCUAAACUCAAUCUGGUUAAAGGUCAGCCACCUGUAUUGAAUUUAAGUACUCUCAAUUAUAAUGAUGAGAUUCAAGUGUGCUGGAAGGCACCACCCAGAAAAGUGCUUGAGUUUGUGGUGGAAUGGAGUAACAUGAACUUGCCAGAACAUCAACCAGAAUGGAAGAAAAUACCAGCACUGAAGGAAUGUAUGGCUUUGAGAAGUGGUGUUCUGCAGCCCUGGAUUCCAUACAAAGUCUCAGUGUAUACUCGAUAUGAGAGUGGCCUGGGUGGAGCAGUAUCCAGCAUAGUCUACAAGGAAGAAGGAGUGCCACUCACAGGCCCCACCGCCAAAAUAUAUAACAUUACUCAGACUUCAGCCACAUUGACGUUUGAGGCCAUUCCCCUGAACCUCUGCCAGGGUUUUAUUCUUUACUACACUCUAUAUUACAUAAAGAGUCCUCAAGAAGACAGCAGGCAAAAAGUCCUCAAUAUAAGUUCUGCAUUACACAGUUUCAUGCUAUCGAAUUUGGAGCCUGCAAGUACCUACAAGAUUUGGAUGACAGCUUCCACUAUCAAAGGGGAAAGCAAAAGUGGAUCACACCUCAAAUUUAAGACACAAGCUUCACAUACUGUGAUCUGGAAGCAGAUUGUGUUGGUACUUGUCAUCUUGGCAAGUAUUCUCCUUUGCAUUAUCGUUGGAAAAUGCUGCUUUUAUCAAAGGAUAAAAAGCCUUGGCUCCUUCUUGAUACCUCAGUGGUGUUGCCAGAAAAUCCCAGAUCUUGAAGUUAUCCGUACUCGGCUCCAGCAGAAUCUUAUCACUCCAGACCAUUUUGGAACGAUUGAGAAUGAUCCAGAAGUUGUUAAAGUGGAAGAGACUGUGACACUGGUUCCCCAAACAACUAGCAACAGCCUUACUCUGAAAGAAACCGAAAGCUUAUACACUGAGGAUAUGUUACGAGAAAACAUACCAACUCAGAAUGGAGAAACCUGCACUGAUCAGGAUAUAGAACUUGAAGAAAAGCCAGUCAGCACAAAAGUACCAGGAAAAACCUGCAUCACCUCUGGCUAUGAGAAGCACUAUGUGCCAUCACCAGAUGAACUGCUUGAAGAUGAAUGGCAAUUAGACAGAAAAGAGCAGUGGCUGGGUUUGGAGGAAUACCAACAAUGAACCUUCAAAAUAGCCGGGGUAACUAAAAUACAUCCAAGCCACCACAGAAUUUCAGCAUCUUGCUCUGAGCAUUGUGCAUUACUGCUAGCUUUGGCAUUCCUGAAGAGAUAACUUUAAUCAAUCUAAUCAGAGAAAGUGAAUGUGACUGGUGAGGGAAGCCUUGGAACCUAUUCAACUCAGGCUUCAACAGAAAACAACUUGAAUCUCCUAAUGAAGAAUUUGUCUUGGGCUCUUAGCACCAGUGGAGCAUAUACUGUACCAUUGUACACUUCUUGUCUCCUUCAAACAAAGUUGGUUGGAGUUCAUCAAUGUGUCUGUAAUCCAUUGCAUCCACUCUACAGGGGACUGGCCUACACAACUUCACCAGAGCCCUGUUGUCUAGCCUUACCUAUUUCCACCUCUCACAAUGAGCUCCUAGGUUUGGACAUUGAGAGGCAAAUGGAGAAUCAAUCCUUUUUUAAGUUGUUCAUGGAUUUGUUAGUUCCUCAGAGUCAUGUCAAGCAUGGCCUAUCCUUUUGAUGAAGAAAUUGCUCAACCUGCACAACAUCCAAUAUGUUUACCUGUGGCAGUAAGUUCUGAAUGUUGCUACUCCCUGUAACCAUAUCAUGAAUGCACUGUACUGUAAAAGCUCAGGUUCACUCAGUUGUUCCUCACUCACUCUGCUCUCUACUAGUACUGAGAUCCCGAGGAACUAGGUGCCUCCAAUUCACCAGCAGCUUUUGAAUGUUUUAAUGUUACAAAGCCAUAUUAGAGAGUUAUAAAUAAGACUUUCUAAUGAACUUGAUGUUCUCCCAAUAAAUAGCUCUUAUUAUUUUUA